AUAGAAGAAGAAGGCCAAGAUGCGCUGGUCGACUACGACAGCGAUAGCAGCUUUAUCACGGUAAUAGAUAGAGAAGCAAAAAAUAAAAACGAGGAGACAGUAAGAAAAGAUAGAGUCAGAGAGAAUAUAGAUGUGACCAAAGCAUGGGAAGAGAACCGUCCAGUACUGCCAAUUGGAACCAAAAUAUUAUAUGAAAAGCAAGAAAAAUUGGUCGCAAAAAUGGACAAUUCGAUGCAAAUGCUGGAUAAAGUAAUGACGAAGGCCACCGAGAUGAUGGAGAAUAUGGUGGAAGUCUCCCGUUUAAACUUAGAGAAAGAAAAAGUUAAACUUAGACGUUUAGAGUUAGAAGCAAAGACUAAAAACGAGAAUAGAGAAAAAUUAGAGAAACCCGAAGUCAGGGUACAGAGAGCUGCUGCAGAAGAAAACAUGAAACAAGUGAAAUGCUACAGAUGCAACCGAAUGGGUCAUAUGGCGAAGGACUGUCCACUAAUAGAAUUUGGUGCCUGGUUUUGUUACUACUGCCAGGAGAUACGAGGUCACAAGGGUGAUAAUUGUCCGAGUGCCGAAGCCCAGGCGAACAGAGCUAGAGGAAAAAA